AUGACAGUCGCACAGCAGGCUCUUGAUGCAAAGCAGCAGAGAACACAGAUGGGCUCCUCUUCAUUUUCGCGAACCGUUGCGGUGCUGGGCACGUCUUAUGGAGGCGCUCGCGCCGCCAUACUCCUCGCGCAGAAUCUCCCGGAAAACUGGCGAGUGGUGGUCGUGGACCGGAAUAGCCACAUGAACCACCUGUACGUCCUGCCGCGCUAUGCCAUCUUACCCGAGCACGCCCACAAGGCCUUCAUCCCGUACAACACCAUGUUCCAUCUCCCAGGUGAAUCGCCCGCCUCUAACUCCACGAACGCCGUUGUCCUUCACGCACAAGUUACAUCGCUUACACCGCACACCGUGUCCCUUUCUCGCGCCUUUCCGGAACACGGCAUCACUGAGCCGUCAAGAACUCUGCACUUCGACUAUGUGGUGUAUGCUCUGGGGAGCCAUCUGCCUGCGCCUAUCGACCUUUGGGGGCCUGUAGGGGACGAAAAGGAUGUCUCAACUGUGGCGACAGGCGUCGAUCAAGCGGAUGGCGCGCAUCAUACCACUGGUUUAUCUGCAUCUUCAACUGUCGGUGUUCCGUCGGCAGCAAGCGCACAUUCGUAUCAAGGAACGAAGGCAGAGGGGAUCGAGUGGUUACAGCAUUCUCACGACAGGAUUGAGAUGGCGUCUAGCGUGCUUGUUGUAGGUGGAGGUCCGUUGGGCGUUCAAUAUGCCAGCGAUAUUGGAGAAGUCUACCCGAAUAAGCAUAUUACGUUGCUCCACUCUCGUGAUCGCCUCCUGCCAGCUUUUGAGGAAUCGAUGCACAAGGAGGUCAUGUCAUCUAUGGCUGCAUUGAACGUCAACGUCAUCCUUGGCGAGAGACUCGAUCUUCACUCUAUUAAAGAAGGCAAGACGGUCACAAUGCCUGACGGCAAGAAAGAGCGUGUCGUUCGUACCCUUAGUGGGCUAGAGAUCCGCGCGGAGCUCAUACUUCUAUGCACAGGCCAGAAUCCCAACACUGCGCUCAUUGUUGAGGCGAUCCCGGAUGCCGUGAUCUCAGAUGGCCCAAAAAAAGGCCUCAUACGCGUCGCACGGACGAUGCAGAUCGCAGCGCCCAUGACCUCGACGAUCGGUCUCUCGACAGCGAUUAGCAAGAUGUCGAUAGCCGACUCGCAGCAGGCAGACGAAAAUCUUCGCGUGCCCUAUCCGCACUUAUUUGCCAUUGGCGACGCAGUGGAUGCAUUCGGCGCGCAGAAAGCUGGAAGGAACUCAUUCUAUCAGGCGGAGGUUGCCGUGCGGAACAUACUCAAGAUGAUAGAACGCAGCGAGCGAGGUGAAGACCCGACCAAGGGCGUCCAGCUCGAGCACUAUAAACCUGGUCCGCCCGGAAUCAAGAUCACGCUUGGACUUAGGAAGAUGGUCUGGCAGAUCGACGGCAGGACCCAGUCGACGAUGUCCGGGGUGCCAGACAUGGACGUGCGGAGGAUGUGGGAGUUCUACGGAAUCGACACGGAUGACGCCGGCAUGCAUGCGUAG